AUGGCCACCAACCCAUUCGGCAACCUCGCAGGCGAGACGCCAGUCAGCCGCACGUUCGACGGAGUGCAGUACACCUCGUUCCCGCUCCGCCAGGAGCGGGUUCCGCACGGGACACGGGUGGACACGGUUCUAAUCGACGAGGGCCAGGUGCCCCAGGAGCGUAUGGGGGGUUUCUCCACGCGCCUCCUGCGGGAUCACUGGCGGUCGUCUCCGCAGACGUCCUCUCACCACGGGCACGGACACGACCACGGCCACAACCAGGACCAUCACAGCCACGGCCACGGUCACAGUCACCACGGGUCAUCGUCGCACUCGCACCACGGUGGAUCCUCAUCUUCCCGCCACGGAUCCCAGCGUGCCCCUUAUGGCUCUUCAUCCUCCUCCUCGCGCUACGGACCCUCCCGGUACAGGGAACCCGAGCGGGACCCCCGGGGCGCGGUGGUGAUCUCGGGCGACCGCGUGCGCAUGUUCCGCGACUCCGCCCGCCACGGCUCGCCGCAGCCGGCGAUCCAUUCGCACCGCGAUGAGACCGAGUGGUUUGCGCAGGCCCGUGACGGUUACAACCAGCCUAUGGAAAGCUUCCUUGAAUCCCUACGGGAUCAGCGACAGUCCAGGCGCCAUGGCUCCUUUGAUCGCGAUCCUUUUUUUAGUCGCCGCUAG